AUGCCGGCCUACCAGCAGCGGCCCUUGUUUCGACCUAUCCAGGUCGGCCCUUCUCCUCCGCAGCUCUCUUCUCAGUCCUCGGACAACACUCCCUCGCCCACCACCACCACGCCCAAGCUCGGCUCCAAGCGAGGACGCAUCACCGCCAUAGCCUGCGUGCCGUGCAAGAAGCGGAAGAGCAAGUGCAAUGGCUUGCAGCCCGUGUGCAACACAUGCGCACUCAAGGGCUCGACAUGCAGUUACGACAUGCGACAGGAACAUAGGUGGCAGGGCACGUUGCGCGUGAACGUGAAGAAGCUGGAGCAGGAACUAGAGGAGGUCAAGUCGGUCCUUCCCUUGCUCGCGACCUCGUCCCAACGCGAAGCUGCAACACGGCUCGCAAUCGAGAUCCAGAACAAUGGCUUUUCCGAGCAUUCGGCCGACGAGAUGAGGAAGAUACUCGAAGGCCCCAGGGCGAUGCGACCAGGGUCCGACGACACCGCGCCCGCUGUUGGCUCCUCGUCGUCAUCGUCCAUGGGCGGGGACCAGAAGAGUGACGUGACGGCAACAGCAGCAUCGCCAGAAUCCAUGCCGGCCUACUAUUCUGGAUACGGACAAAGUGUUAGCCCGGGGUUCGCGCAAGGUUUGCCAGCCACCACAGAGGCGCAAUGGUCGACGCACCCCCUCUUAACAACGGGCGACAGUGGCGUCUGGAUGCCAGACGGUACUUUUUCUCCACCACACGCCCAAACAUCGCCCUAUCGGGAGGGGUCGACUGCUCCCGCGGUCUUGUCGCAUGGAAGCAAGCAGGACAUCCUUGGAUCAAGUGCUUCGCCGAUGACGAUGACAGCCCACGCCAUUAAUCACCCCUCCAUAAACUUCCAGUCCGUCUUGGCGCACGGAUCGUCCAUCAACCCAGUGACAUACACCUACACAACAUUCCGGGAAAGGAAGAGGCAGGCACAAGCAGACGGAGAACCAGAGGUGAAGAUCUUUGGUGACCGGGAGAACGACAUUCGCGGACUGUUGAACGGAGAGACAGAGUUUGAUAAUGAGCAGCCUUUGUCCGUCUGGGCUCCAAGAGUGGCGAACAUGUUCUUCACCCAUGUCGGCAUUCCGGAGAAGCUUGCGGCCUGCGAGGUCCUAAAGGAGGUCAUGGCGUGGCAAAUUUGUCCCAGCCGACACAAUCUCGAAAGACUUCCAGAAUGGGCAAGACCUACGCAAUUUCAGCAGGUUAUGCCGCACGAUCCGACAAUCGACUUUCUCCCCUGGCCUUCGGUCCGCGACUUCUUUUUACACAACGCCGACCAGAUGGUCGCAGGCGUCCUCGUAAACCACCUGUCGUUAAACUGGCCCCAUGAAGAUUCCCAUACUGUUUAUUGCGAACCAAACUCGGGUAAAUUGGCGUUAUCAGGUGCCUUCCGCGAGCACAUUGGAAACCUGAACAACUGGACGCUGGCCCCAGAGGUGUUCGAACAAAUGCCGUUCCUGCUUGGUAAGGUCCGAGCAACAGGAAUGCAUUGA